ACUUCCCUCCAGCCCUGUCAUUUCAGCUCUGACACCAAGGCGAGAGGCUAGGAGGUCUACAAAUACCGUCUGGGUAGCUGGUUGAGUACAGAGGGUGCUGGGGGGCUUAGCCCCCCAAGGAAGAGGACCAGUCCUCCCUCAGCACCACCAUCAAGACCCCAGGGGCUCCCUCUUUCCUCCACAGACUGUGGACUGACUUAGGGAAUCCCAAACGAUGACAGAAAAGGAGGUGCUGGAGUCCCAUAAGCCCUCCUUGCCAGCAGAGACUCGGCAGAGCGGGCUGCAGCGGCUGAAGCGGUUAUUCAGGAAGGAGUCUACAGGGACAAAGGAGAUGGAGCUUCCCCCAGAGACCCAGGCGAAUGGGGAGGCAGUGGGAGCUGGGGGUGGGACCAUCUACUACAUCUAUGAGGAAGAGGAGGAAGAAGAGGAGGAGGAGGAGCCACCCCCAGAACCUCCUAAGCUUGUCAAUGAUAAGCCCCACAAAUUCAAAGAUCAUUUCUUCAAGAAGCCCAAGUUCUGCGAUGUCUGUGCCCGGAUGAUUGUGCUCAACAACAAAUUUGGGCUUCGCUGUAAGAACUGCAAAACUAACAUCCACGAACACUGUCAGUCCUAUGUGGAGAUGCAGAGAUGCUUCGGCAAGAUCCCCCCUGGUUUCCGUCGGGCCUAUAGCUCCCCACUCUACAGCAACCAGCAGUACGCUUGUGUCAAAGAUCUCUCUGCUGCCAAUCGCAAUGACCCUGUGUUUGAAACCCUGCGCACUGGGGUGAUCAUGGCAAACAAGGAGCGGAAGAAGGGACAGGCAGAUAAGAAAAAUCCUCUAGCAGCCAUGAUGGAAGAGGAGCCAGAGUCUGCCAGACCAGAGGAAGGCAAACCCCAGGAUGGAAACCCUGAAGGGGAUAAGAAAGCUGAAAAGAAGACACCUGAUGACAAACACAAGCAGCCUGGCUUCCAGCAGUCUCAUUACUUUGUGGCUCUCUAUCGGUUCAAAGCCCUGGAGAAGGAUGAUCUGGAUUUCCCGCCUGGAGAGAAGAUCACUGUAAUUGAUGACUCCAAUGAGGAGUGGUGGCGGGGGAAAAUAGGGGAGAAGGUCGGAUUUUUCCCUCCAAACUUCAUCAUUCGGGUCCGGUCUGGAGAGCGUGUGCACCGCGUAACAAGAUCCUUCGUGGGGAACCGCGAGAUAGGGCAGAUCACUCUCAAGAAGGACCAGAUUGUGGUGCAGAAAGGAGAUGAAGCCGGCGGCUACGUCAAGGUCUACACCGGCCGCAAGGUGGGGCUGUUCCCCACAGACUUCCUUGAGGAGAUUUAGGCGUGCAGGCGCCUGCUGGGGGGAGAUACCCAAACCCCAUUCUGGGCAGGCUCAGUGGAGGUUGGGGAGGAAAGAGGCGAAAGUAGCUAUACUGCUGGAUGGGAGAGGGGUGGGAAGGCCCAUCAUAACGUGAAGGGCCUUCGGGGAAGAGACUGGUUCCCAUCCCCGCUCCCCGCUCCCUGCUCCCCGGCGAGGGCAUCAGAUACUUGGUGCCGGGAGCAGCCUCAUCAGCCUUUGAGAGCUGGAAAAAGAACACGUCUCCACUAGGAGGUGUCCCAAGGGGAGGGAGGUUAAGACGAACCAUCGAAUGUUGCGAAUUUAUUAAAGUUUUGACAAAAGUUUUAAAAGUU